UUUUUAAUCAUUUAAAGUGUUUAACUCAGUACAAUCCUUUUGGAAAUUUUUUUUAGAGAACUUGAAAUUAAAUGAAAUGAAUUAAUUAUUUUUUUAAUGUAACAUUAUAAUGUAUUUAAUAACAUUAAUGAACAUAGAUUUUUUUUUUUUUACAAGUAAAGCAAAUCUACACAAGUAACAGAAAAAGAGUGUCUCAUCUCGUUCCCUAUAUUGUGAAUCAGUUCAUGAUAAACACGUUGUUUGGUAUCUGGCAGGUAAUGAUAGAAAAACUGAGCUUUUCUAAACCAAUUCAGAUUCAAUUGAAUCAAAUGAUUCACAAUUUGUAAUCACUCGAAUCACUGAAUCACACUGACGACUCCUGCAGUUCACCAGUGUAAAUACAACAAGAUCAACAACACAAACGUGUGUAAUGACAACUUCUACAAAUAUACUGUUUUCAUGACAGUAUAAUCUAUUAAAUAUAAUCCAUAAACCAAUACAUUACACAUGCCUAAAUAUUAAUUGUCUGUAUAAUCUGUGUUCUUUUAUUAAUUUGUAGUGCUAGUUUUGAGGGUUUUUUUUUUUUUUUGUCUAAUCAGUUGCAUUAACUUUCACUCUGACUCUCUCACCAGUGUACUGAACUACUGAACUAGAUCUGAUUGAGACACACUCAGAGAUUUAGUUUAGAUGUGUUUUUCUUUCUGUUAAUUAUUCUCAUCUUAAUCAAGACAGAGUGUUCAAACACACAGAGAAACUCCUGGAGAAGCGACUGAGAUCCACGUGACACACUAUUAUAAAGAUGGCAUUUAUUAAAGAGGAGAGUGAAGACAUCAAGAUCGAAGAAACAUUUAGAGUCAAACAUGAAGAUACUGAGGAACAAACAGACCUGAUGGCACUGAAAGAGGAGAGUCAAGAACUGAAUGAAAUGGAAGAGAAAUAUCAGUAUGAGAAAUGUCAUGAUUUCAUGACUGGAGAAAAAUCUGUUAGUUACUCACAGACUCAUAAAACAGAAACUAGAAACCUCCAGAUGAGAGUUCACACUGGAGAGAAGCCUUUCACCUGCCAACAGUGUGGAAAGAGUUUCGGUCGAAAAGACAGCCUUAAAGUCCACAUGAGAGUUCACACUGGAUUGAAGCCUUUCACCUGCAAACUCUGUGGGAAGAGUUUCUCACUAAAAGGAAAUCUUAAGACUCACAUGAUAGUUCACACUAGAGAGAGGCCGUUCGUAUGCAAUCAUUGUGGAAAGAGUUUUACACAGAAAAAAUCCCUUACAAUCCACUUGAGAGUUCACACUGGAGAGAGCCCUUUCACCUGCAAACAGUGUGGAAAGAGUUUCAAUGAAAAACAAGGCCUUGAAGACCACUUGAAAAUCCAUGCUGGAGAGAAGUCGGUCGUAUGCCUUCAGUGUGGAAAGAGUUUUACACAGAAAAAAAACCUUAAAGCCCACUUGAGACUUCACACUGGAGAGAAGCCUCACACCUGCAAACUGUGUGGAAAGAGCUUCUCACUAAAUGGAAGUCUUAAAGUUCACAUGAGAGUUCACACCGGCGAGAGGCCAUUCAUAUGCUCUCAGUGUGGAAAUAAUUUUAAACAGAAAAGAGACCUUAAUGCCCACAUGACAAUUCACACUGGAGAGAAGCCUUACACCUGCAAACUGUGUGAUAAGAGCUUCACACAAAAAGAAAAUUUUAAGACUCACAUGACAAUUCACACUGGAGAGAAGCCGUUUGUUUGUGAUCAGUGUGGAAAGAGUUUCAGAUGUAAAGAAUACCUUAAUCAUCACAUGAAGAUUCACUCGGGAGAGAAAUGUUUUAUAUGUCAUCAGUGCGAAAGGAGUUUCUCAGAUAGGAAUCACCUUGAGAAUCAUGUAAAAAUUCAUAUUGGAGAGAAGCCUUUCAUGUGUCAUCACUGUGGAAAGAGUUUCACAAACAGAGCAAACCUUAAGAUUCACAUAAGAGUUCACACAGGAGAGAAGCCUUUCACCUGCCCUCAGUGUGGAAAGAGCUUCAUGAUUAAAGGAGACCUUAAUAUUCACAUGAGAGUUCACUCUGGCGAGCAGCCUUACAAGUGUCUUCAGUGUGAAAAGAGUUUCACAGAUAGGAAUCACCUUGAGAAACAUGUAAAAAUUCACAUUGGAGAGAAGCCUUUCAUGUGUCAUCACUGUGGAAAGGGUUUUGCAUACAGAGCAAACCUUGAAUAUCACUUGAGAAUUCACACUGGAGAGAAGCCUUUCACCUGCCCUCAGUGUGGAAGGAGCUUCACGGUUAAAGGAAACCUUAAGCUGCACAUGAGAGUUCACACUGGAGAGAAGCCUUACAAGUGUCUUCUUUGUGAAAAGAGUUUCACAAUUAAAGGAAACCUUAAUAUUCACAUGAGAGUUCACACUGGAGAGAAGCCUUACAAGUGUCUUCAGUGUGAAGAGUGUUUCACAUAUCACAUAAGCCUGAAACAACAUUUGAAAUCUCAUUCUGGAAAGAAAUUGCCAUUUUCCUCAGUGUGACAAGAAACUUCAGGAAAAAUUUCAGCAAUCAUCUGUGCUUUCACUCUGGAGAAAGACAAUUUAAUUGUGAUCAGUCUAAUCAGAACAGCACUCUUAAAACUAUAUAUGAAACGUCUUGUAAAUGUGAGACCCAGUUUAUGUUCUUUGUGUACAGCAAUAGAAAAUGUGUAUCUGUUUGAAAUCAAGGCUACUUUCACACCACAGCUGAAUGUGGGCUUCAUCUGAUUGUCCACCUUCAUGACCACUUCUUUUAUUUGUACUGUUAUCUUUUAGUUACAUCCUUUAUCUUGAAGGAACACUCUACUUUUUUUGAAAAUAGGCUCAUUUUCCAUCUCCCCUAGAGUUAAACAGUUGAGUUUUAACCGUUUUCAAAUCCACUCAGCCGAUCUCCAGGUCUGGCGGUACCACUUUUAGCAUAGCUUAGCAUAGUUCAUUGAAUCUGAUUAGACCGUCAGCAUCUCGCUCAAAAAUGACUAAAGAGUUUCAAUAUUUUUCGUAUUUAAAACUUGACUCUUCUGUAGUUAAAUCGUGUACUAAGACCGACGGAAAAUGAAAAGUUGUGAUUUUCUAGGCCGAUAUGGCUAGGAACUAUACUCUCAUUCCGGCGUAAUAAUCAAGGAACUUUGCUGCCGUACCAUGGGUGCAGCAGGCGCAAAGAUAUUGCACAGCGCCUGUGACCCCCUGUUUGCACAGGGAGCGUGCCUUGCAGCCUGGAGACAUUUGUGAGAGACGCUGCGCAAUAUCAUUGUGCCUGCUGCACCCAUGGUACGGCAGCAAAGUUCCUAGAAUUGUACAUUUCUGAAAUGUUGUUUUUGAAAAGAGGUUGAGUCUUGAUUAAUUUUGCUUUAUGUAUUAAGAAUUCUGCAAAAAAUAAUAUAGUUUGCUAUGACUAUUUGCAUUCUCCUUAAUCAUUCCAAAUAAUAUACGUUUAUUUCCUAACAAAGGCACAUGACUAAAUUUAAUCCACUCUAAAACCUCCUUUACAAACUGUUUGAUUGUAUGGGAAAAGAAAAGAUGAUCUGUCGUUUUAGUAUAAUUACUUGAAAAAACAUAUAUUCUCCUGGUCACCGUAAAAGGCUCAAAAAAGUCAGCAAGAGGAUAAACGUUACUUAAAAUCUUAAAAUGCUUGAGGUGUGUGUGAACUCAAAUGUAAAAUCAUGGUAAGUGAGGCUGUCAUCAUCUUUUUCUGUGCGUCUCCUGAUCUUCACCAGUUUCCUACAGGUGUAACUGGUAUAUUGAUCUCAAAACAACAUUUACUUCACUAAUAUCAUAACAUGUAUGUAUAUAUUUCUGUACUCCUGUGCUGGAUAUACCUCUAGAGUUACAGUGUUUCUAGUAAACUGGUUAUUGCAUCUUUUAUCUAGAAGCUGAACACCUUUAAUAAGCCUUCAAUAAGGCUAGAUGAGGAGUAACACCUGAAUAUGCUCUCAUAUUUUUGCCAAUUAAAGAAACUGAACACUUAAGGCUUUCAAUAAUUACUUGUAUUUCUUUUUAUUAUUAACAAAAUUUCUCAUAUUAAAGAGCAUUACUGCUGAAAUCAAUAAGAUCAAAGACAGACCAAAUGUUCCUUAUAUAAGAUGGAUUUAUUACUUUUCAGUAUGUAUCUGUUAUUCCAUAGAGGGUUAUUAUGAGGAAUAAAAUUAUGUUUGUAAAUCAAUUUCCAAUAAACAAGUACCUGUUUUGAA